AGAGCAGCAGGCACACUACGAGAUCAAGUGUGGGAGUGUGUGUUUGUUUGUGUGUCUGAGAGAGACAGACACAGAGAGACUCGCUGGAUAACCACUGUAUUGUGAAGCCAACAGAGUUGUUCUCUAGUAACACAAGAAGAAGAGUAGGAGCGUGUUUGCCUCAGAGGAGUUGCAGGAAAAAAGUCUGAAGAGAAGGAGAGAGUGUUUGGAGGAAGAAAUAAAGAAACAAGCCCCUUACCUUCCCCAGAGAGCAGGAGGUAAACCGCCGGUAAGCAAAUAUUAAUGACCUGACAAAAAAAGCACACAUCAGACAGCCUUACCCCGGAGCGGUGCAACAGAGGAGCUCGGACACAUAUACACACAGAGCCACACACGCAAGACGAGCCCCCCUUGCUGCUCUCCACUCACUCAUGAUCAUCACUCCCACAACACGCAGACACAGGGGCCACGCUGACACAACCAGAGGAGUGGAGGAGAGAAGAGGACGCUCACCCUGUCGCGGGACUUUGUCAAACUGAAAGUCUUGGAUUGUUAUUUUUUUUCUUUUUCACCCUGAGGCAGGAGUCCUCCUUUUUGUGCUGACCUUUCCAAGCCCCCCUCCCCUUCCAGGAACAAAGAUGAGCUGCAGGAAAAGAUGCAAGCGGGAGAUCUUCAAGUUCGCUCAGUACCUGUUCAGACUUGUCACAGGCACGCUCAACACCGACAGCGUCGAAGAUGAGCUUGAACUAUCUACAGUCCGCCAUCGCCCAGAGGGCCUGGAGCAGCUCGAAGCCCAAACACGAUUUUCCCGCAAGGAGCUGCAGAUCCUGUACCGCGGCUUCAAGAAUGAAUGCCCGAGUGGGGUCGUCAAUGAGGAAACUUUUAAAGACAUCUACGCUCAGUUCUUCCCACAAGGAGAUGCUUCAACAUACGCACAUUUCCUGUUCAAUGCAUUUGACACAGAUCACAACGGCUCUGUGAGUUUUGAGGAUUUUGUUAUGGGCCUUUCUAUCCUCCUGCGAGGCACAAUCCAGGAGAAACUAAACUGGGCUUUCAACCUGUAUGAUAUCAAUAAAGACGGCUAUAUCACUAAAGAGGAAAUGCUAGACAUCAUGAAGGCCAUCUACGACAUGAUGGGGAAAUGCACAUACCCUGUCCUCAAAGAGGAGACGCCUCGUCAGCAUGUAGAAGUAUUCUUUCAGAAGAUGGAUAAGAAUAAAGACGGGGUGGUAACCAUCGACGAGUUUAUCGAUUGCUGCCAAAAUGAUGAAAACAUCAUGCGAUCAAUGCACCUCUUUGAAAAUGUUCUUUAACUUUUGGCUGAGUGUGGAGGCUUUGGAAGAGGACAUCAUCUUAAGCUUGGCCCAAUAACUGACUUGGACUCAUACUGUGUACAGUGUGCUAUGCAGACUUUUGAUCAUAGAUAGAAAUGUUGUUCAUUACUGUGGGCCACGAGUAGGAGUAGGCAAUAUGGUGCGAACACUCUGGAAUACCUUUUGAACAUUUUAUUGAAUAAAUUGUAGAACUUCAUUACAUAAAAAAGAGCUGAAUAGAAAAUUCAAGGUUGAUUUCCAACAUUUGUCUCUGGAGUGUCUUUCUGUGUGCCGAACACAGAGUUCUGCAAAUUGCGUCGGCCUCCAACAUUAUAAACACGCGGGGAAUUCGUGAUGAAGGGGGUUUAGACAGGAAGCUUCUAUCUCUGUUGCGGCCUCGACUUGUUUUAUUUACUGCCAAGUGAAAUCACUGUGACUUUUUAAAGCAUCAGAAACAAAACUGAACAAAAUAUCUGAGGUAUCUUCAACAGCCCUCUCUGUUUUUACAUUCCAGACCGGCUCUCAAUUCCAGAGUGUUCUUACCCCCGACUUAGCGAACCAUUGUGGUCUGUCUUCUUGCUCUUUGGAGAAAGCAUUUAGAGAAAACAAAACACACACAUUGUACCAUUUUAAACUGUAUAUAUUAUAGAUAAAGCAUUAGAUAAGAAUUCUGUGAGUACCUUUUCAACUUUGUUCAUGUUUACUUGCCAACUAGAAUGAGACAACACAAGGAUUGUAUUGAUGUCAAAUUCGGACCAUACUAUCGAUGGUUUGUCUACAGAAGCACACAGGUAGCUAUAUUUACCAUGAGUAUAACGUUAGACGAUGAUAUCUUUUGUCAUAAGAUAAAUGCUGCUUUCAGUGUAUUUCAGUUAACCCUAUGUAUUCCCUGUAAAGUAAACCAUCUAUCAAUAUGUUUUUAGUUCUGUUUUGGAAGCACUGUUUAGGAGUUUACACUUAGAGCAGUGUUUGAGGUUAUUUAUAUGCUAUUACAGUCAUUGUACAAAAGACUGUGGGUUGUACAGUAUUAAAUGAAAGUUUGCUCUCGGGUGAAUUUCAGGUCUUUAGAUUUGUCCAUAGAAUUCACUGUUUUUAAUCAGUAAGGGCAGGUGGGUUCGGUUGUCGAUACAAACACUGUAACUUUGUAUUAUACUCGUUAUUUUUUGGGUUGUUGGCUAAUUCGCUUCCUGCUGUUUUCCUCCUCCUCGUCCUGCGGGCCAAAGCCCCAGCUGCCCGCACCUGUCAGCCCUGAUUGGUUCCUGCUGUCUGUGAUUAAAGCAUUGCUUGGCCCCAAAUGUGAGCAAACACAAGGCAUGCUGGGUGGAAGUCUCACUUACUGACUGCCUGUUGCUCGUUGGAAACUACUGGAUCACUGAGAGAAGUGUCUGGACAUUAUGUAAGUAAGUUACUUUGUGUUUCAAUUUGACUCUUUUCUUUUGGGUACUGGGUAUAGAAAGUGUCCAUCAAACCAGCCGGAAAUCUGAUAUAUACUUGAGAAUUGGUUGAUUUUUGGUGAAUGAUUUGCAGCAUUUGACAGUUUAUCAUGUUCAUUCAAAGUAUGUCGCUACACUGUAUAGUCACAUAAAAAUCUCCUCAGUGAGGCAUGUUGGUUGUUAGUUUAGUAAAGAAAAUGGCACAUUUUUCUCAGUUGUGUUCGUUUUGCUCAUGUUAUCAGAGACCAUGUGUUUAUUUCCAUCAAGAAAUUGCCAUUUUUUUCCUUGAUUUGUGUUUGUGUGCCUUACUGUUUGUAAAAGUGUUUUCUCUGUUUGGUUGACAACUUUUAUUCUCUGAAAUAUGAUCAUGAAAAAUAACUGAUAAAACAGGGGGGCGGGGAACAAAUGUUUGCGACAUUACCCACUUCUAAACAUAUCUACAACAGAUCCCAGUGGAUGAAGACACGUUCUUUCUGAAAAGCAUUUCUACAUUUCUUGUGUAAAUAAUAUCCAAAGUCAGCGAGCUCUGACAAAGUGAAAUAAACUAUACACAUCAAA